AUCUGGAAUUGGCACGACGCUCAAUUUAGCCCAGCUCGCUCCACAAGUAGAGCCAGUAGUCGAAACCGUCAUUAGCACGAUUAAGUAGCCGCUAAGUGACGACGCUCUAGCGCGCAAAGCUCACCUUUAUUUUUGUGUUUGCAAACUGCUCCACCGCGGGCACUCUGUGGUGAAUUCAACGCCACUCGGUUACCUUACUAGUAGAGUCGCUGCCGGACUCUCGCCAUCAUUCAUUUGGAACGCGGUGCCCGAGACACAUCACCUACGCGCAUAUCCCAAAAACAAACUCGCGAAUAUUUAUCGGACAAUAAAAGUUAGAACUUUUCUGCAGGAAGUGCUAAUCGAUUAGCUAUACUGAAACACAUUUCGAGCUGUGAUAAUUUCCGCGAUCGUAACGAUUAUUGAACAUUCUGCGAGCAUCAACGCUGACAAAGAAAAGGCGGAAAAAGCGUUAGAUUGAUAUUGGCGGAAAUAGUCAGCUUAGUUGCGUUUUAAGUGAACAGGUGACCGAAGUGUGUUCGGUUGAGCAACAAUAAAUCACAACAAUGAAAGAGACGAAGCUUCCCAUCGAGAUCAAAGCUGAUCGCAGAGUUGUUCAUCAAUACCUGGCGGCCAUUUGCGUGAAUAUAAUCUCCCUCGCGCAAGGAACUGCCAUCGGAUGGUUAUCGCCAUUCCUUCCAUUACUCAUCUCCACCGAUUCGCCGCUGAGCACAGGCCCGGUAACUGACAUUGAGGCCACCUGGAUUGCAUCCUUGCUUUGUGUAGGAGCCGUCUUUGGGACGCUUCUAUUCGGUUGGUCGGCAGAUAAAUAUGGACGAAAGUUUUCACUUUGUAUAGCAGCUCUUCCAUUGAUUGGAUUUUGGGCAUGUGUCGCAUUUGGAGGAUACGUCGAGAUACUAUACCUAGGCCGCAUUCUAGCCGGACUGGGAGCAGCUGGAGUUUUCCUUCUGGUACCAUUGUAUGUCACCGAAAUUUCGGAAGACAAAAUCCGGGGAUCGCUUGGAUCGUUUUUCAUUUUAUUUAUCAACAUCGGAACGCUGGUGGCGUUCGUCGUGGGAGCAUUUGUUCCAUAUCACAUUACCUCGUAUAUUCUUAUUUUCCUACCAAUUCUGUUUCUGCUGUGCUUCAUGCAGUUCCCUGAAACACCCCAUCAUCUGAUCCGAUGCAACAAAAUCGAAGCCGCCGAAUGUUCUCUUAAGUAUCUCCGUGGAUACACAUCGUCUCCGGAUCACUUAAACAUGUUGAAGGAGGAAAUGAACUCCCUCAUGAACCAAAUCGUCAUCCGUGAAAAAGACACCAACGAGGACGCAUCCAUCAAGUGGGCCGAUUUUGCUCCAUUCUCCACCAAAAAAGCUAUCAUGAUUGGCAUGGUCCUGGUGACCCUGAACCAAUUCUCCGGCUGUUUCGCUCUAAUCAACUACACCGCGCAAAUCUUCGCCGAUGCUGGCUCAGACAUGGAUCCCAAUGUUGCAGCAAUUGUUGUAGGAGCUAUCCAAAUCGGUGGCUCGUAUGUGUCAACGAUGGUGGUUGAUCGGUGCAGACGAAAGGUCUUGUACAUCGUGUCCGCCUUUUGCUCGGCAAUCGGUCUAGCCGCAAUGGGAGCGCACGCUUAUCUCAAAGCAUCGGGCUACGAUGUAAGCAUGAUUAGCUGGGUUCCAGUUGCAAGCCUAUCAUUCGUGAUAUUUAUCGCUUCGAUGGGAAUUCUUCCGCUGACAUUUGUGAUUCUAUCGGAAAUUCUACCCCCAAAGCUCCGAAGUUUCGGUGCCUCGCUGUGUACCACCUUCCUUUGGGUGGUAAGUUUCAUCGUAGUCAAGUACUUCCCGGUGAUGGUGGAAGUGCUGGGAAUGCACGGUUGCAUGUGGACAUUCGCCGGAUGCUGUUUAUUCGGUGUGCUGUUCAAUGCCUUCUUCAUCCCAGAAACCCGGGGAAAGAGCAUUGAUGAGAUUACGUUAGCGAUGGAAAGUACGAGCAAAAACUAAUGAGCGGUUGUUCCUUCAAGUUUGUGAUGUAUUUUUGCUCGAGCCAUUUUUAUUAUUUAAAAGUACCAAGAAUGAUAAGGGUAAAAUAACCUCAGGUUAUGCGCAGCUGUGUGAUUUUGUAAGAUUGUUAUUGUAGUGAAGACAUAAAUGCUUUUUAUUUAUGGCACGAAUUGUGACAACGUCAAGUUUAAUAGUUCCUGUUUUAUAGUAAAACGUAGAUUUAAUGAGUUGAUAAGUAUAAAUUUGUAAUAU